AUGCGAUCGAAGAAGACAGAAGUGUCGGAGUCGGACUCAUUCGUCGGCCAACACCAUCAGACACCACCGUCAGGUAUGUGUACUUUGAAUUAUGAUUUAAUAAAUUCAAAAUCUUGCCCUUCACUCGAUGGUUCUGGGUUUUUGACUGAUCCUAGGGUUUAUCUAACAUCUUUGUUUUCCUGUAUUUCAGUUGGUCGUAGAUAUACACAUAAACUGCCUUUGAAACCGGCGGUGGUCGAGGUUUUGGUAAUGGAUGGUAGUAUGACUGACCCACCGUUAGUAGAUGCUAAGGAUAACAAAUUCUUAAAGGGUACUUUCGUUGUUGUCGGAAUUAUGUCUACUCUCGUGAUCUAUGGUGUCUUAGAGGUACUUUUUGUUUAA